CAGCGUGCAACGAGGCCCGCCGUUCGGAUUGUCCGACUGGUCGAACGGCCUGCGCUGUAACUCUCCUGCCAUGGAAGGUAUAAGAAGUAUCGUAGGGCGGUACUCCUCCCCAAGCCAGCGCCAUCCGAGUCGUCUGCCCGGCAUCUGUCCAGCGCUUCGAUCAUUGCUCGUUAAGGACAAUCUUGCCCCGCCGAUCAAUCUGGCGGUUUGACAAUUCUAGUGCCGUGCUUGCCUUCGCCACUCAGCCACACGUAUAUAACCUCGCGCGUCGUUCAUCUGUCUCAGCAUCACCGCCCUCAGGUCUCAAGUUCUCAAGUUUCACUCCAACUCUUCUCUACUACUCAUCGUUCAAACGCCAUGCACGUCGUCGACGGUCGCGCUCUCGAUGUCAUCUCCGAUGCUGUCGAUGAAGUGAACAAGAUGAAGGGUGCUCAAGACGUCCCCGAGUGGGACGAGGAGUCCUACUUCGAUGCCGAAAAGGACAAGACACAGUUCCGCCAGUACGAGGAGGCAUGCGAGCGAGUAAAGAACUUUUACCGCGAGCAGCAUGAGAAGCAGACCGUGGAAUACAACAUCAGGGUCCGCCAGGAAUUCAAGAAGACUGUGCGUGCACGGAUGGGCAUCUGGGAAGCCAUGGAGAUGCUCGACAAGCUCGUCGACGACUCAGACCCCGAUACGAGCGUUACUCAGAUCGAGCACCUCCUUCAGACCGCCGAGGCCAUCCGGCGGGACGGCAAGCCCGAAUGGAUGCAACUUGCGGGCCUGGUGCACGAUCUCGGAAAGCUCCUCUACUUCUUUGGCGCCGAAGGUCAAUGGGACGUCGUCGGGGAUACCUUCGUCGUGGGCUGCAAAUUCUCCGAUAAGAACAUCUACCCCGACACCUUCGCCGGCAACCCCGACUCCAAGGACCCUGUCUACUCAACCGAAUACGGCGUGUACCAGCCACACUGUGGCCUGGAGAACGUCAUGCUCUCAUGGGGACAUGACGAGUACCUUUACAAUGUGCUGAAGAAGCAGAGCAGCCUGCCGGAGGAGGCCCUGUACAUGAUCCGCUACCACAGCUUCUACCCAUGGCACAGGGAGGGCGCGUACUCAUACCUGACUAACGCCUCGGACGAGCGCGCUCUGGCCGCUGUGAAGGCGUUCAACCCGUAUGACCUCUACAGCAAGAGCGAUGACCCGGUUGUCCCGGAGAAGGUCAAGCCGUACUACGACGCCCUCAUUGCCAAGUACUUCCCCGAGGUCAUCGAGUGGUGAGCCGCUAGCGCGCUCUGGAUGCGGCGACGCGCUUGCUCAGGAGCUUGAGUGGCGCGUGGGCCCGACUUGCUGCAUACGGGCUAUCUGGGCUUGUAGCUUCGGCCUGCGUCUGUGCGCUACGGGAUGCGGUGUACUUUAUUACCUAUCGUAGUCGAGGGCUGUCGUUGAUACCUCUCGACCUCUACUCGCCGUUAACUCGUCUCUGCUAUACCUCUUACCUAUGUACAAUAUCUGACAUCUGAACUCUUCCGCUAUACAGAUCACACCUGCUCUCCUGUAACCUAAUAUAUAGAGUUUGUCGCAUGCCUCCCGCAGUGUUUGAAAUUGUC